UUAUUCAUGGAAAAUCAUGGAUCAGCAGGUUCUGGAAGCAAGGAACCGUGUGGACAAAAUGCCAAGUAAAGCUCAAGAGGAUGCUGUGAUCAACAUGAAGUCUAUACAGGACCUCUCAAAACAGCUGGGCUUUGAAUGGCCGAUUCUUGCAUAUGAACUGGGUUUCACAAGAACUGAAGUCAGGCAGUUUCAUGCCACAUCGAUGGAGAAGAGGGAUCAGGCCAAGAGCAUGCUGGAAUCCUGGUAUGAGAGGUCUUGGGAUAAGCCUAAUAAGACUAAAGUGCUGCAGGAUGGACUGGAGCGUGCUGGCCGGAGAGACCUGGCUGAGAGGCUGCGCUGUCUUCACUGGGGCCACCAGAAACUCAGCCGCAGAGUCGAGUUGCCCUCUGCCUUCCCCUUUCUCAUAACUGUCCAAAAGACUAUAAAAAACAAGGAAGGCCUGAGAAGAAUUAAUGAGCUUAAUCGCAGUUACACCUAA